AUGGAGGGAGAUUCUGUUACCCUACAAAGUAAUAUUACUCAACUACAGAGAGAUGAUUUGAUACUGUGGAGAUUUGGACCUGAAAAUUCUCUCAUAGCUCGAAUUAAUGGUGUGGCCAAAGAUAUCUCAGUAUUUGAUGAUGUUCUUGAUGGGAGAUUCAUAGACAGACUGCAGGUGAAUAAUCAGACUGGAGAUCUCAUCAUCACCGACACUAAGACCAAAGACUCUGGACUUUAUCAAAUGAUCAUCAGCGGCAAACAGAAGAUCUCAUACAAAGUCAAUGUUACUGUCUAUGAUGAAGUGAAGUCAGUGUCAGUGAUGGAGGGAGAUUCUGUUACUCUACACACUGAUGAUCCUGAAAUACAGAAAGAUGAUGUAAAACUGUGGAAGUUUGGACUUCAAAAGUCUCUUAUAGCAAGAAUCAACUGCGCCACCAGUGAUACCUUAAUAUAUGCUGAUGUUAUUGAUGGGAGAUUCAGAGACAGACUGCAGAUAAAUGAUCAGACUGGAGAUCUCAUCAUCACGGACACCAAAACCAAAGACUCUGGACUUUAUGAAAUGAUCAUCAACAGCGCUAAAGAGAGCUCAUACAGAUUCAAUGUUACUGUCUAUGCUUUUUUGCCCGUUCCUGUGAUCACCAGAGACUCUUCACAAUGUUCUUCAUCAUCUUCAAGCUCAAAUUGUGUGUUGUUGUGUUCAGUGUUGAAUGUGAGAGAUGUGAGUCUGUCCUGGUACAAUGGAAACAGUUUAUUGUCCAGCAUCAGUGUGUCUGAUCUCAACAUCAGACUCUCUCUAUCUCUGGAGGUUGAAUAUCAGGAUACAAACACAUACAGAUGUGUGGUGAACAAUGCCAUCAAAAAUCGAACUGAACAUCUUAACAUCGAUGAACUCUGUCAGCCGUGUUCAGGCUGUGUUUGCUGUUGUCAUGAUUUUGAAGCUGUGAUCCGAUUGGUCCUCUCUGCUCUGGUGGGCGUGGCUGCUGUUGCCAUUUUGGUUUAUGACAUCAGAUCGAGCAGUUGAACAGAAGAAAAGAUCGCAGACAUCAUCAGACUAUUAGUGAUGAAACAUAUAUUAUAGUUACGUAAACCACUAUUUUUACUUUUCUUUUUAUUGUUUUUGCUUUGUAUUUAAAGCACUCAGAAGAUAUUAUUACUUUAAUACCCAAUUUAAAAAUAUGAAAAUUCUGUCAUCAUUCACUCACCAUCAUCGUUGUUUUAAACCUGUAGUUUUUUAAUUCUGUUGAACACAUGCUUAAUGUGCAUAAGUGCUAAGA